AUGAAGUGGAAAAGGAGAGUUGUUCCAUUUAUAUCAUCUACUGGGAAGUUGGGUGUGAUUGAUGACCAUGAGUUCAUAAGAGAAAAUGAGAAGAAGGACAAAAGAGUUGAUCGGAUUGUUGGUAUGAUCAAAGCCAAUCAUGACUGGAAGAAAUUCAUUUGGGAAGUUGAGCAUUUGCCAACUAAUAUGGUCCUUUCUGAUUUAGAAUACGAUUUCGAAGUUGAAGAUGUCACGCCUGUUGUUGCAGAGAAACCGAAAGUUGCUUCCAAGAGGGCUAAGCGUAAGCUAAAUGAUCCUGGUGUCGAGUCUCGUAAGAGAGAACUAUUUUGUCAACAGGCAGCUGAACAUAACACUGGUGUCUCCGGUGAGAUGAAGACCUUUAUUAUGGAUUUGUUCACUUCUUUUAAGGAGGUGAUUACGGGUCCUUCAGAUACAGUGGGCAAAUCAGCUGAGAUUCCGACUCCUUCAGUACCACUUGCAAAAGAUCAAGAAAAAUCGUCACAGUCUCCGGAUCCUUCAUCAACAAUUGGGAAAGAUGAGGCCAAAUCAUCACAGAUUCCACGUCCUUCAGCAAGAAAAGAAAGAGGCAGUGCAUCUGAGAGUGUGGAUCCUCAUGCGCUUCGUCGUAGUCCUGAGACAGUAAGAAAG